AUGGGUCUGUCCGAUUUCGCCUACUGGAUGGGGCUCUUCAGCUCCAGCAUGCUGUUCUUGAUCGUGGACAGCAUCAUCGCGAUCGGCUGCCUAACCAUUCUAAAAGAUACGCAAACCGGCACUCACUCUUACUUCGAGAACGUGAACCUGCUGCUGUUGGCUGUGGUAUUCCUCGUAUUCUGCUGCAUGCAAACUCUCCACGCCAUGCUCAUUUCUGUCAUCUUCAAGAGUGGCGCCAUGACUGCCCUAUUCGGACUCAUCUACUGGCUCGUUCUGACGUUCGUCGGUCCCGUGUUCUACAUCGAAGGUUUUACAGGCGGCUUGGCCAGCUACAUUCUGGCUCGCCCAUGGAAGAAGCUCGCCACGUCGAUGACCCCCUGCGUCGGGACCUACUGGAUGCUCAAGAUACUUAGCCUGUUCCAGGACUACGACGGCUACGCAGGGUGGGGCAUGGUGAACGAGUACGCACUGGAUCUGGAUAACGUCACCAUUAUGCAGAUCCUCUGUGUAAUGGGUGCCAUUUUCUUGGCUCUGGUCUGUCUCAUCUGGUACCUGUCGCGGGUCCUGCCCUGGGUGGCUUCCGCACCACGCCCCUUUUACUUUCCGCUUCUGCCCAGCUACUGGAUUCCGUCCCUGGUCGCUCCCAUGGACAAUGAGGAGGAAGGGCCAGGCAGGGAAGACGGUGUCUUCGAGCCUCUGCCCAAAGAUAUGAAGAUCGUGAUGUCCGCCCGAGAUCUAUCGAAGGUGUUCGGCAGAGAGGUGGCCCUAAAUAAGAUCAACCUAAACAUCUACGAAGGGCAGAUCACGGUCCUCCUCGGCCACAACGGUUCGGGCAAGACGACGCUCAUGAACAUCUUCGCAGGUCUUACAUCUCCGUCCGGAGGGGUGGCCCGGAUCUGUGGCUACGACGUGACCAAGAGCACGGCCCAGGCACGUCAGAGCAUGGGCUACUGCCAGCAGUCCAACGUUUUCUUCGACGACCUCACAGUCCGCGAGCAUCUCAUCUAUUUCGGAACGCUCAAGGGCGUCGGUUCUUCCGAGCUGGGCGCCAUGACUGACAAGAUCCUCCAGGAGGUGAAGCUGACGAAUAAAGCCGACUCAUUUCCCGAGGUUCUCUCUGGCGGCAUGAAACGGAAACUGGGAGUUGCCAUAGCUCUCGUUGCGAAGCCAAAGGUGCUGUUCCUGGACGAGCCUUCGUCCGGGAUGGACGCCCAGAACCGUCGCACCAUGUGGAACCUGCUCCUGGAGCUGCGCAGCAGGUGCACCCUGCUUCUGUCCACGCACGACAUGGAGGAGGCCGACGCGCUCGCGGACAGGAUCCUCGUCUUAGCCAAGGGGGCGCUCGUGUGCAGCGGGUCGCCGCCCUUCCUCAUGAGGGAGUACGGCGCCGGUUACCAGGUGAGGAUCACCAAGAGGAGCGCGGGUUUCGACCUGCUCCAGAUCCAGCGGAUUAUCGUGGCCACGGCGCCGGAGGCCGAACUGGUCGAGGAGAGGGCGGGCGACGUGCUCAUCCGCCUGAACGUGGUGCACUUCACGGGCUUCGACGUCAUGUUCCGGGCCCUGGAGGAGAAGAAGGACCAGCUGGGCAUCGACACCAUAGGCGUCACUCUGUCGACCAUCGAAGACGUGUACAUCAAGAUCCACUUCGCAGCAGCGUCUCAGACAGGGCAGAAUUCCGACAUCUACGAGGAUGCCAAAGUGGUCGGCAAAACGAGGCACCACAAGCCCGUCUCGUCUGCGUGCUUGAAGGCACUCUUCAUCAAGAGGGCCAUCCACUUCUCGCGCUCGUGGGAUCUCUGCCUGGUGUCGUGUAUCAUGCCCUGCCUUGCCAUUCUCGCCAUCUUCGUCGUGGAGGACCUGCUCUUGCCGCAGCCACCCAGCGAGGUCCCCGGCGAGAUGACCUUGCCGGUGACGCUUGACGCCAUCAAGCCUUCUGGUGCACGAGUGUUUGUGCUUCAGGAGACCGGAAGAGACCAGGAGCUGGCAGACAUGUUCGUCCGGCUCACGGUGUCCGGAGGACAUGCCACCGUGCGUAACUUCACGGAUGCCAGACGGGGCCUCUUCAUGGAGGCAGCGAUGGACUUCUGGGGGUACACCCAGACCUACAUUCUCGGAGCUGCGUUCACGAGGGACGGGUGCGCUCGUUUUUGCCGCCUGUUUCCCUUUUGCGCAUUGGGGCUCCCGAAUGCAUCAACGCAUCGUUGA